AGAAGAACUCUUGAACUUCUUGGGUACGCUGGCGACGACGACGCACAGGAGACAGAACAUGAGGGUGUUCAAAAUUCUCCCGAGCUACCUCCGAGAUCCGCCGCCGUUGAAGAUACCAGCGAGCACUGCCGCCAAGAGUCCAGGCGCGAAGAAGAUUGCGAUAAGGCUUGUUCGUUCGGUGAGUUUGUUGAAGGCGGCCUGCCAGGUCUGGGUGCUUCCGAGUGCAGCGAGGCUGAAGAAGGUACAGGCACGCCGGCCGGGUUCCAAGACUCGUUGCGAGAGUGGGCAAUAGAUCAUGGAAUUAAGAGAAGGCCACUGACAGCUCUCCUCAAGCUUUUAAGAAGUCGGGGUGGAAUGCCCGACCUACCGAAUGAUGGACGCACGUUGUUACAGACACCUCGCAGACCACAUGAGCAAUUCCCCAUCAGAACUGUGGAACCAGGGAAAUACUGCCAUUUUGGACUCGCUGCUGGGUUGCAACAUGCAUUGUGUCAUGUGGAGAAGUUGCCAGCUGUACUUUCCCUCACUUUUAACAUAGACGGCUUGCCCUUGUCCAAGAGCUCCAAAAUGCAACUCUGGCCUAUUCAGUGCUUGGUUGGUGGGAUUGAUGAUGUAGCACCAUUCCUUGUUGGUGCAUUUGCAGGGCACUCGAAGCCAAUGUCUUCAAACGAUUUCUUAGUUACUUUCGUUGAAGAGCUGCAGGCACUGCUUUCACAAGGUGUCACUGUCAAUGGCAGUCUCGUGCAAGUCAAGAUGCGAUAUGCCAUUGUUGAGUUCUUGGGCCUUGAGCAGGUUGAGGUCGUACCAGCCUUGUGGGUCGACGAUGACCGCUGUGCAUGGCCGAAGCAUAUCAAAGGAGAUAAAGUGACAGCAAUGGUGAGGAAGGCAGCACCGCCAGAUGCAUUGUGGCAGCAGUUUGAUGUGUCCGUCAAAGGGCUGUUUGCAACAUACGAACAAGCACGAAAAAAACUUGAACGCAGCCAGUACACCUCAGACCUGAGCAGCGACAACGAAAUGCCCCCAGGCAAGAGAGUGAGAAGGCCGCCUCCCCAAUGGUCAGAGUCUGAUGCUGACCCAGCACCAGCAAGGCCGACUAAGAAAGUUCAACGGAGAGUUCCCACAGUUCCAAGUGAUUUUCCACAAGGUGCAACCCAAGACACUUAUUUUCCAGCCAUGGUCUCUUCUGUUCAAAUGCAGAGUAGCAGCUCUACGGGGAGUGAAAAUGCAGGCAACCUGCCUGAUCACCCAGGGAGCAGUUCUGAUGACCCCUGUGUGCACGGUGACAGGCAAUCACGAGCAUCCUCUUUUGAAGCCUUCGAUGACUCCAACCUUACAGACAUAGUUACAGACAUUGGGGGCUCACAAGAAUCAGUCUCUUUUAAUGAAGGGCAUCAGGCAAGAGGGAGAGAGGAUCCACAAGACCAGGAACAAGGGUUCAAGCAGCACGUCUUGAGGCUCCUCAACAUUGUCCGUUUCACGGUCCAGCAACAUGGGGAAAUGCUGAACAAGCUCUGUGAGGUCCUUCCAAGCCAUGCAGUCGUCGUACGCCCCCGUCUCGUCGAACAACCGUUCAACAAGCUAGACGACCUCUUUGCCUUUGACAAGACGUUGGUGAACGAAAAGGCGGCGAUGCUUGUCCAAGAAUUCAGGGAACUCGGAGGGAAAACGGCCAGCAAGGCGACAAAGAGCAUGCUAGCGCACCUGCUCGGCGACCAACUAGCUGCACAGUUUUCGUGGGUGGGCCGGAAAGGCAAACAGAACUUCUCGUCCUUGAGGACUGCCACUGCAAUUGUGGCUGCUGGAAGGCAGCUGCCGGGAGGAAAGGAUGCCAUAGAAGAAGCCAUCAAGUCGUGGCUCCGUCACGCACCUGAGCGCAUGGCCGGAAAAAAAGAAAACCGAAGAGAAGUCGACCAAGCUGACGAUUCCGAGUAAACGGAGCCAGCAACCGGAUCUGCAACACCGUCCGACGACUGCAGCAAGCCGCACCAAGGCAUUUACUUGUCUUUUUAUUUUUAUUUUGAAGUAGUGACAAUGGUUUUUGUUGUUUUAUUCAUUGGAGAGGCCACUUCUUUGUUAUCUAAGUGCACCUUUUAGUCAUUCACAGCUUGUUUGUAGUUUGGUUGUCUAAUUUUCUUGGACCUUUUACCUCCCGAUAUGCCAGCAAAGGAGGCUGAGCAUAACAGCGUCCAACACUGCCAGGUGGCCCAUAGUUUGUCUCCAUCUAAAGUGGACCGCAGCAGACGCUUUAAGCCAUCGCACCAAUCUAGUUGCAGAGGCGUGACAUAUAAACUUGCAGUUGAACGCCAGAUUAUGUGGCGCUUGUAAAGGCCCGUUCACACUCUUGCGACCGAGUAAGUCCAAGA